AUGGCUGAUACGGGCGAUCGCAUGCUGUGUCAUGCCUGUGGCUAUGUGUGGCCGCGCAGUGAGCAUGAGCUAGAAUGCCCACGGUGUUCUUCUGACUUUACAGAGAUCGUUGAAAUUCCUCCCGAUCCAGACCCCGAGCUGGAUUCUCAUCCCGAUCCUCCCAUUUCCGUCCCCCGCCAACGGUCGCCUUCUUCCCCCCCUCCUCCUCCAGCCAAUCCAUGGAUGGAUCAUGACCCCUGGGCUCACCAGGAUGAUGAUGAUGAUGAUGAUGAACCUAGUGGAUGGGAAACAACGAACCCGGGCUACGGAUUUACUCGACGCACUUAUCGAUCCCCCAACGGUCGCUUUACCUUCUCCAGUACCACCUAUACCCAUGGCUUUCCCCGCAGACCCUCAGGCUCGCAAAGAGAUGUGACUAUGGAUCCGCUUGUGCGCGGCAUAGACUCCUUUUUCCAAAGUAUGACCGACGCCAACCGCCCUCUCGGUCACGCAUCACAACAAAGACCUCGAUCCCCGGGGAGGAUGUUCGACACGAACGAUGACUUUGAGCCCCCCCAUGCCGCAACUCGGCAAACGGAGUAUCACCCGACCGGCGGUUUGUUUCCUCGGGAUGCAGAUGGACCCCAGCCGAUGGGGACUCCUCUGCGCACGUUGGGCGAUAUUCUGGAAUUGUUCCGGACCGACGUGGGCACUGGACCAGGCGUACGCGGGAUGGCUGGCACCACGCCCCUCGCGCUUCUGUCGGCUUUGUUGAAUCUAGAACGGAAUGGCGAUGCGGUAUACUCUCAGGAAGAGCUGGAUCGGGUCAUCUCCCAACUCGUGGAACAGAACGGCAACCGGACAGCGCCUCCUCCAGCCACGCCGGAUGCCAUCCGGUCGCUUCCCAAAAAAGCAGUCGAUCAAGAGAUGCUUGGUAGUGAGGGCAAGGCGGAAUGCUCCAUAUGUAUGGACUCUGUUAAGGUAGGCGACGAGGUCACCGUGCUUCCUUGCCAACACUGGUUCCACGCACCAUGCAUUGAGAUGUGGCUGAACCAACACAACACAUGCCCACACUGUCGCCGGAGCAUUGACCUGACCACGACG